CCGCCCAGGGCCGGGGGCAGCUCUGCGGUGUGGGGCGUGCCCUCCCCGCGAGCCGGAGUCCCCCAGUGCGCUGGCUGGGGUCGCUUGGCCCGGCUGGGCGGUGGCGUUCCCCUGGGAGCGUGUCGGGGUGGCCGCACUGGGGGGACUGCCCGGGGGGUGCUGCCGCCCUGGGGAGCAAGUCGCUGCCUCCCAGCCCAACGCCGGGGACUUGGUCACUUGGGGCGCAAUGGAUCCUCUCAGGGCCCAGCAGCUGGCAGCCGAGCUGGAGGUGGAGAUGAUGGCUGACAUGUACAACAGAAUGACCAACGCCUGUCACCGGAAGUGCGUCCCUCCCCACUACAAGGAGGCAGAGCUCUCCAAGGGGGAGUCUGUGUGCCUGGACCGCUGUGUCUCCAAGUACUUGGACAUCCACGAGCGCAUGGGCAAGAAACUGACAGAGCUUUCCAUGCAGGAUGAGGAGCUGAUGAAGAGGAUGCAGCAGGGGGCAGGGCCAGUGUAGGGGCUUCCUCUUGAACAUGGACAGCGUGCAUGAUUGGCCCAGUGGCCCCAGCAUUGUAUCCUGGACUCAACCCUGUGUCCCCCCAUCAAUAAAACCUCUGCAGUUGUGUAUAA